GAGGGUGCUUGUCUUCGCGCACACUUAAAAUCGGCCGUCCUCGGCUCACACUUCGUCUCUCGCGCAAUCCCUUCCUGAUCGGCCGUCAGCUCGCCACCCUAUUUCUUCAGCGGCGGAGCUCUCUCGUCUCUCCCUUAAUAAUCCCUCCAUAGUCCUGUACGUUUACGACUUAAAACUUCAUUGGUAGAGCAAAACAAUGUAUCUUCAGUAUUACAUAAAUGAAAAUGGUGACAAAGUUUACACUACCAAGAAAGAAUCACCUCUGGGUUUGGCGACACAGUCUGCUCAUCCAGCAAGGUUCUCACCCGAUGAUAAAUACUCAAGGCAGAGAUUCCUACUGAAGAAGCGCUUUGGUCUGUUACCAACUCAACAGCCACCUCAAAAGUACUAAGUCAAUAUUUAAAUAUGAAUUAAUGUGGCGUGCUUUCCUUCUUCCCUGUUUUGUACUAAUGAACACUGAAUUGAUGGAAGAAAUCUCUGGUGCUGAUAUUUCUUUAGUAUGUAACGAUUGACUGGUUGGAUGUAGAGAUUAUGAAUUGCAGCUUUAUUGUUCAUGUUAUGGUUUUAUGUGAAGAGAUGAUUUAUAUUUCUUCAA